CAGCCAUGGGGAACAGCGCCGGCCGCAGCGACUUCGAGUGGGUCUACACUGACCAGCCACACACACAGCGGCGCAAGGAGAUGCUGGCUAAGUACCCAGCUAUCAAGACCCUGAUGCGGCCGGACCCCAACCUCAAGUGGGCAGUGUCGGCGCUGGUGCUGGCGCAGCUGCUGGCCAGUUACUUGGUACGUGGCCUGGCCUGGCGCUGGCUGCUCUUCUGGGCCUAUGCCUUUGGAGGCUGCGUCAACCACUCGCUGACCCUGGCCAUCCACGACAUCUCACACAACACAGCCUUUGGCACAACCCGUUCCAGCCACAACCGCUGGUUUGCCAUAUUUGCGAACCUGCCCAUUGGUGUGCCCUACUCGGCGUCCUUCAAGAAGUAUCACAUAGACCACCAUCGCUACCUGGGGGGAGAUGGGCUGGACGUGGAUGUGCCCACACGCCUUGAGGGCUGGCUCUUCUGCACACCGGCCCGCAAGCUGCUCUGGUUGGCUCUGCAGCCUUUCCUCUACACGCUGAGGCCACUCUGCGUGCAUCCCAAGGCCCUGACCCGCAUGGAAGUGCUCAACACCCUGGUGCAGCUGGCCGUGGACACCAUCAUCUUCAGCCUCUGGGGGCUCAAGCCCAUCGCCUACCUGCUGGCCAGCUCCCUGCUGGGCAUGGGCCUGCACCCCAUCUCGGGCCAUUUUGUGGCUGAACACUACAUGUUCUUCAAGGGCCAUGAGACCUACUCCUACUACGGGCCGCUCAACUGGAUCACGUUCAACGUGGGCUACCAUGUGGAGCACCACGACUUCCCCAGCAUCCCUAGCUGCAACCUGCCCCUGGUCCGGAAGAUCGCCCCUGAGUACUAUGACCACCUGCCCCAGCAUCACUCCUGGAUGAAGGUGCUCUGGGACUUCGUGUUCAAGGACUCGCUGGGGCCCUAUGCCCGGGUGAAGCGCGUGUGCAAGCUGGCGGAGGACAGGCUGUGA